AAGCUUAUAUUCAGUUGAUUAGAAAACCUACGACUUACCGCAAGAGAACCAAUAUUAAACCUUUCUCAUAAAACUUUUUGUCAUAAAAUUUCAACUUCAAUUUAUUUAUAAUCUAGUGUGGUUUGACGUCUACAGUCGGGCAAAUUUUCGAUGUAAUUUAUAAGAUUUUUGUAUAAAACUAUAAAUUAAAGUGUGAAUCAUGUCUUUUUUAACGGAAUAUUUCGACGAGUAUCGACAACAUCCCAUCAGGAAAACUAGAAUGUGUCGUCCAGAAGACAGAUGGGCAAAAUUAGAAGGCAAAUGGCUGGACCCAAAAGUUGGCACACAGGACAAAGAAUGGACAGACGAGGAGGUGGAAGCGUUCAUCAAGGAGACGAUGAAAAGCAUCCGAGGGCAGUCCACUUACUACAACGAUUUUUGUGCUCAUCUCUCGGAAGAAUUCAAAGACCGUCCAUUCGAACCCCGCAUCAAGAAGCUGGUGCGCUGUUCAGAGCUCAACCAGAAGAAGGAGGAGGACAUUGAAAUACCGCAGAUCACUAAACUGGCGAUGAAGGACACUGAGCUCAUGAAGGGGGCCAAAGAGAUAUAUGAGUUGGAUCUGGACAAGCCGACGCUGCAGCCGCUGCCUACACACAUGAGGAUAUACGGCUACGUGCGUCCCCGACUAUGGCACACAGGCAUCAGCGACUACCAGGGCGGCAUAGCUCGGCUGGCGUAUGAAAUGAUACGCGACGACCGCAUACCCAGGUACCGCGCGCACAACGGCUGUCGGCCCAAGUGGGGCCUGCCGCCCGAAGCAGAGAGGCAGCCCGAGUUAGACGGGGCCCCCUAUGAUGGAGAGAGAUUGUAUUAAAGUUUUAUAUUGCCUUAUGUAUUGCGCUGUUGGUAUAUUGGCGCAUUUGAAGUUAAGGCGUAACCUCAUACCUUUUAUUUGGAUUCAAAAUUUCUACAACCGGAUGGUCAUAUUCGCCAAGGUCGACCGUAGUUUACUUGGCUUAAGAUUAUCUCCUACUUUCCUAUACUCAAUUUGAGUAGGCAUUUAACAUAUUUAGUUGAGUUGUUUGUUCAUUUAUUUCAUACGUAUACCUUGUGUAAAAAGUGACUGUGAAGAUUGUUUACCUUUAUUUACGUACCUACUCAAAUGGAUACUCCAUUUAGUUAUCGCAUAAAAGAUUGAGUUUUAUUUGUAGGCUAGUUAGUUUGAUUUUGUGAAGAGAGAAAUGUAAGAAAAUACCGUGUUUUGUACUUGUAUCUGGUCUGUUUAGAGUUCGUUAACAAGCGUGUGAAUAAACUCAAUCAAAAUCAAGCUCAACAUGAAACAAUAUAUUUUUAGAAUCUCUUA